UAUUCAGACACUGUAUUACGUAAAGUAUAUUUAAUUGACGUUCGAUUAUUAUUAAAUUUUUUUUUGUUACUGCUGUAUAUUAUUCAUUUUUAAUUAAUAUCUUAUCAAUGACAAAGUUUUAUUUUAUGUAUUUUUUUGUUGUUAUUAUUACAAUUAUAUAAAUUUUAAAUUGUAAGUCUUUUGCUCAAAAUAUUAUUUAGAAAUUUGAUUAUCUUUUACAUUGAAGUUAUUUUUUUAUAAUGGAUACUGAGACAAUUAAGGAUACAACACAUUCAGAUACCACUGGCAAAGAUGAGCCUUUACUUUCGGAUAACACUAUCAUAGCAGAAAAAGUUGAUAAAUCAUUAAAAUCUGAGUCAACAGAUGAUCAAAUAUGUUCUAAUGCUGUUGAAAACCCAACUAAAAUUGAGUCCAAAGCAGCAAUUCAGACUGAAGUUGAAAAAUCUACAAAUGUUUCUUUUGAAUCUAUUGAUACUACAAAACUAGAAAAUUCAAGUUACAAUAUCAAUAUCAACAAUAAUUCUAACACAAAUAAUGAUGAUAUUUGUGAAAGUAUCUCUUCUACAACAAAUUCUUUGAAUGAUGUUGUAAGUUCAAAUAUUGAUAAUAAAAGUGCAGUUAUAAAUAAUUCAGAAAAAUUAGUAAACUCUAAUUGUGAUACUAUUAUAAAAGAAAGCUUAGAUAUUUUAGAAGAAGAAAAAAAUAUAGAAAUUGAAGUAGCUCAAAAAGUUGAAGAAGAAAAAAACCAGUCGGUUGCUGAAGAUAAAUCUCUUGGAAUCACUAAUGGUUUAGAAACAAAAGAAGUUGAUUCUCCUUUAAAUGACAGUUUUGUAACCUCAGUUCAAGAAUUAUCUAUUUCAGUAUCUAAUGAUGAACAAAUUGAAGAAAUUAUCACUAAGUCAGUAGAUCAACAAAAAGAAAUUGCUUCUGAUACUGAAAUAAAAAAUUUAAAUGACGAAGAAGAUGACAGAAUUUCUGCAUCUGGUUUUGUAGAUGUAAGAGACUACGUUGAGGAAGAAUGUAUAGAUGAACAAGAUUGUGAGGAUGAAUGUGAAUAUGAAGAGGAAUCUAUUCAAACCAAAGAUCAAGAACAAUCUACUGUGCCUGUCAGUGUGGAUGAUGAUACAAAUGAUCCACAAUAUAUACCUAGACGAGGAAGAUUUUAUGAACAUGAUGAUAGAAUGGCUUAUAGUACUUCAGGAAGCGAAGCGGAAGAUGAAGAGAAUGAUAUAUUUGAGGGAGAAGAAAGCACUAGUAAAUCUUUUCAAGAUGGAGAAGUAGUCAAAAAAAAAAAGAUAUUGGCCAUAUCAAAGGUUGCUACUACUACUCAAGGAACUUUAUCUACUAUUUCUUCCCAGAAAGAUUCUGCUGGAACACCUGAUGGUAAACCUUUAAGAAAAAGUAGACCUGAUGCAGUUGACAAGUGGGUGCAUGACAAAUAUGAUGAACACCAACAGAGUCCAAAGAGUACAGCAGAGUUAGUUAGAGCAUAUGGCUAUAAUAUUCGAGUUGAGAGUGAACCUCCUAAAGCUAGACGUCAUCAUAAAUAUGGGCGUGGUGCUAACAAUAAAUAUACAAGAAAUUGGCAAGAUACUAAAGCUUAUGAAAAAGAAAGUGGCCCUGGAGGUGUUAAGUCAGGACUUAACAAAAAAUUUAGUAAAAAAAAACCUUUUGCUCCAGACGCUCAAAAUGAUUAUGGAAAAGAAUUUCCUGAUGCAUUAAAUAAAAGUGAAAACAAUGCUGGAACUGAAAAUGAAAAUUUCAUUUCUACUAAUCCUCACCACGAAAAACAACUAAAACAAACUAUAUCUUCAGCUGAGCCAACUUCAUCUAAAACUAAUACUAACCCUCCAGUAGAAAAAAAAUUUGAUAAAUCUGAAUCUUUAAAUAAAACAUUGAUUCAAACUUCUAAAAACGAACAAAAACAAUCUCAAUCAUAUAACCGAAAUAGUAGUUACAAUAAAAACUAUGAUAAUAAGGGUAAACAAUUUGAUUCUGGACCUCCAUCUGGUAACAGACGCUGGAAACAUAAUUCUGAAGAUGGUUCUAAAAAUAAUUUUGAAGGUUUUAAUAGGAAAGGAAAGUAUGAAGAGUUUAAUAAUUUUGAAGGAGGAAGAAGAAAUCCUAAAUUUAAUAUUGACUAUGAAUCCAACAAUAGCACUGAUAGUGGAAGAAGAAAUAAUUAUGUCAAUAAAGAUUCUGGGCAAUCUAACAGUAACUAUUUUAAUAGAAAAGGUGAUUCUUAUCAAAAACGUUAUAGUCCUGGUGGUCCAUCUCAUUAUCAAAAUAUGAAUACAUCUGAUUAUCGAGGUCACAGUAGUUCUAGUGGGCCUCAUGUUAAUAAAAGUCGCAGUUUUCAUAACCAAAUGAAUAAUGCUCAAAACCAAUUAAAUAAAGAGAGAUAUUUCAGUCGACCCAUACCUAAUGAAGACGAGCAAGCUUACAAUGAUGAUAUUGGAGAUCCAGAAAGUAUGCAAACACCUGUUCAAUCACAUAGGUAUUCUCAACAACACCAUCGUAACACUAGUAAUGUUGGAGGGGUUAAAAAAUCUUCUUUGCAGUAUGAUCAAGAAAAGCAACAAUCAAUGGCUCCUCCUCCAGCUACUGAACAACAAGUUGUUCGUAGUUCUAAGAGAUAUACUGCCCAAAGUCGCCGUACUCUACCUGAUCCAGUUUUAAAUUUUAGCGGAAACAAACAAAAUAUUCCUCAAACUCAAUCUCAACCUCAACCUAUACCUCAACAAAUUCAACAAUCAAGUUUACAACAAAUACAACAGCAGCAGCAGCAAAUACAACAAAAUACUUAUCAACAGCAACAUCUACAACAACAACAACAAUAUAAUAAUAUGAUAGUUGAACAACAGCAUCAUUUGAAUAAUGGUAUGAUGAUGGUAGAUCAUACUCAUCAUCCUCACCACCCUCAUCAACAUCAUCACAUAGCAUAUCAUCAACCUCAUAGUCAUCACAUGACUCAACAGCAACAGCAGCAAGCAAUGCAUGGUUAUGCACCAAGUCCAAUGUCAGCUGGUGGUGCUGGCACAUCAGACGAGCAACAACCUGUGGCAGCUGCAGCAGCAGCAGCUGCUGCUGCUUUGCAAAUGUUAUCAUAUGGAAACCCAGCAGCUCAAGCAGCAGCUUAUCAACCACAGCUUAUUAAUUAUCAAACAACAGCAGCUGCUGCUACACAACCACCUCCUUCAGCUUAUAUGACCGAUGCUAACUAUAUGGCUAUGAUAGCCUCUGGACACCCAGCAGCAGCUGCCACUGCUGCAACAACAUACUAUCAACAACAACCUCAGCCUCAACCACAUCCUCCAAGAAGGGUUAACCUCGCUAUUCCAAUUGUAGCACCACCACCAGCUAAUGGCCAACAACAGCCUAAUAGCUCUGAUAAUGGACCAACUUCAUCUACAGGAACCUCUGCUACUGUAGCAACAUCUUAAAUUUCUUAUCUUUUUUAUUCAUAUUUAUGGUUGUAUGUAGUUAGAAAUUAAGUUUCUAUAAAAUAAAUACUUGAUGUGUACUACGUUUAUA